AUGACCGCGACACUUGCGCUUUUAGUCAUUUUAUGCUUCAUCGUUUUUUAUCAUCUAAGCGCGAUUCCCGAAACGAAUUUAUGGGGUGGUGACCGUCAAUUUCUACCAAUAUUGUACUCUAUAGGAGCAUUACUGGGCCAACUGCUAAUAGCACUUAUAUAUGGCGUUCCAUAUAGCGCUGUCGUUAUCAGUGGUAUGGGAUCAUUGGUUUCUGUCAUUCUGUGCUUCGCCAAACUUCCUGGGCUCUACGACUGGAUUGAAAAAUCUAUUGGCUUCACCAGCAUCUACUACGUCGAGAUUCGGUAUUCCACAACAUCGCCUACACAUGAAAUUCAUUAA